CCGAGAACAGGAGGAAUCUACCACUGAGGAGGAGCAAUUGCCCCAGAUCUUUGAUGAGCUUCAUGAUAUUCAUGUGGCACCUGGAGCACCACUGGCUAAAUUUCACCUGAAGGUGAAAGGGUACCCGCAGCCUCGUCUCUAUUGGUUCAAAAAUGGGCAGCCAUUAAAGGCCUCGGAUCACAUCCUGAAGACUGAUAAACAAGAAUUCCACUCACUGGAAAUUCGUGACAUCACUAAGGCAGAUGCUGGCCAGUACUCAAUAUUUGUCAUCAACUCUGCUGGUUCUGCAUAUUCGUCGGCCAGGCUGGUAGUCAAAGACCCUGAUGAGAAAGAAGAGCCAUCAGAAACAGAUUCCCAUGAGCAGCUGAUACCACCAAGGUUCCUAGAAAGAUUUACUAAUAAAAAGGUGAAAAAAGGUGCAAGCAUCACAUUAUCUGUAAAAGUUGAAGGACAUCCACCACCAACUAUUACUUGGCUGAAAGAAGAGUCUCGGGAAGACAUCCUGUGGAUCAAACCAGACACUCCUGGGUAUAAACUUGCCAGUUCAAAUAUGCAUCACAGUCUAAUCCUGUUGGAUGUUAAAAAGAACUACAGUGGAGCUUACACGUGCAUUGCUACCAACAAGGCUGGCCAGUCCAUCUGCACCGCCACCCUGGAAGUUGCAGAUGUGAAAGAGGCUGAAGUUCUGACCCAGGAGCGUGUGAUGGUGUCCGAAGCCAUCAUGACCACACUGGGAGCUAUUCAUCCCUCUGAAACAAGAGAAGGAGACCUUGAAGCUGGUAGAGAAGGUGUACCCAAAAGCCCUAUUUCAUUAGCUGAUGUUGGCUCAGAAGAGUUCUUCCAGAAACUCACCUCGCAUAUCUCAGAAAUGGUAUCUGCAAAAAUAAGUCAGGCUACACUUCGAGUGCCAGGUGCAGAAAGUGAUGAUGAGUCAAAAACUCCCUCUGCAUCUCCUCGCCAUGGACGAUCCAGACCUUCAUCCAUUGCUCAGGAGUCCUCCUCUGAAUCUGAAGAUGGGGAUUCCAGAGGAGAGCAUAAAAUAACUGUCACUUCAUGCCUGCAGAUCUUUGACGUCUACAUGGUCACAGCUGACUACGUGCCCGCUGCACCUGAGAGGGAGACCAUCACUUUGAAGGAAGGCCAAUAUGUGGAAGUCCUUGAUUCAGCUCAUCCUCUGAAAUGGCUGGUCAGGACUAAACCCACAAAAUCUAGCCCCUCUCGACAGGGCUGGGUAUCUCCAGCUUAUCUGGACAAGAAAUUGAAGUUGUCACCAGAGUGGGGAACAACAGAAGCUCCUGAGUUCCCUGGAGAGUUUGUUUCUGAAGACGAAUAUAAAAGGAAGCUAGGUGUUCUUAUUCAAGAGCUGUUGAUCUCAGAAGAGGAUUACAUUCAAGAUCUACAGUUCCUCCAGACUCAUCACCUUAAGUACACUGAGACCUGUCCCAGUGUUCCAGGAGCUGUCGCCAGUCAGAAAUCCACCAUCUUCAGAAAUAUUGAUGACAUUGCUCGCUUCCAUUCCAGUGUCUUCCUCCGAGGCUUGCAGAAAUGUGACACUGACGAUGACGUGGCCAUGUGCUUUAUCAAGCACGAAGCAGAGUUUUAUAAGUACAUCCAGUACCUGGUGGGGAGGGUACAGGCUGAGUCAAUUGUUGUCAGCAAAGCUGUCCAGGAUUUCUACAAGAGAUACACAGAUGAAAUUUUAACUAAUGAAGAUCCUUCACAGCCACUUAUCCCACCAUUGCAGCACUACCUGGAAAAACCCAUAAACAGGAUCCAGCAGUACCAGACUAUAAUCAAGGAAUUAAUCCGAAACAAAGCAAGAAAUAGCCAAAACUGCACUUUGCUGGAGCAGGCUUAUGCCAUUGUAUCUGCACUCACCCGAAGAGCAGAAAACAACCUCCAUGUCUCACUCAUUGAGAAUUAUCCGGGGACCUUGGAAAGCCUUGGUGAACCCAUCCGACAGGGCCACUUCAUUGUGUGGGAAGGAGCUCCAGGAGCUAGAAUGGCAUGGAAAGGACACAAAAGACAUGUCUUCCUCUUCAAAAAUUAUCUUGUGAUCUGCAAACCAAAGCGAGACACAAAGACAGACACCUACAGUUACAUCUUCAAGAACAUCAUGAAGCUGAACAACAUAGAUGUGAACGACCUUGUAGAAGGGGAUGACCGAGCAUUUGAGAUCUGGCACGAACGGGAAGACUUGGUCCGCAAGUACCUCCUUCAGGCACGUACAGUGAUUAUCAAGAACUCCUGGGUGAAGGAGAUCUGUGGCAUACAGCAGCGGAUCAACGAGCCUGUCUGGAUACCUCCAGACUUUGAGGAAGAACUGGCAGAUUGUACAGCUGAGCUGGGAGAGACAGUCAAGCUGGCUUGCAAAGUUAUGGGAGCUCCCAAGCCAUCUGUCAGCUGGUACAAAGAUGGAAAGCCUGUGGAGGUGGAUCCCCAUCACAUUAUAAUAGAAGAUCCUGACGGUUCCUGCACAUUGAUCUUGGACAACCUAACAGGUGUUGACUCAGGACAGUACAUGUGCUUUGCUUCCAGUCCUGCUGGAAAUGCCAGUACCUUAGGAAAGAUACUUGUUCAAGUGCCACCACGGUUUGUGAACAAGGUUAGAAAUGCUUAUUUUGUGGAGGGCGAAGAUGCUCAGUUUACCUGUACUAUCGAAGGAGCACCUAGGCCUCAAAUCAGAUGGUACAAAGAUGGUCUACUGUUGAAAGACACGAGUAAAUACCAGACUUUCAGUGAACCACGGAGUGGCAUAAUAGUCCUGGUGGUCAAGAACCCUUCCAAUGAAGAUAUGGGACACUAUGAAUGUGAG